AAAAAAAUUGAGGAAGCUGAGUGUGGAAUUAUUGAUUGAUGAUGGCAGAAAAAGUCUUAGAGCAGCUAGAUGUCCUGGAUAAGCAAGAGAAGAUACUCUUGGACCAAAGAGCAAAGAAAAACCAGCUUCAGACUGAAGGAAGAAAAAAGGUUUUAGUUCUCCCCCUGACAUUUGAUUUUCGGAUGGAAUUUGAAGAGGCUCUUGCUACACCCACAGCUAAGCCACUGUCAAGGACUAGAAAAAAGAAGUCAAGCAACAUCAAAAAAACAAAAAUGCAUGUCUCUUUCGAGCACGAGACUCAACCUAGCAAGAAUGAUUUUGAAAAGCCAACUUUUAGACCACACUUUGUUCCAACAAACACAAAAAUUGAAGAAAUUAAGCCAACAGCACAAAUUGAAAAUAAAACUAGCAAAUCAUUGGAUUCUCUAGACCAUUUAGAAGAUGAUAUCAACAAAAGAAAAGCUUAUCCACAGAUGAAUGGUUCUAACAUAAAAGAAAAUAAAUCUACCAGAAAUCACCAAUUAAGUGAUUAUUAUUCACUAAAAAAGAAAACCUUGGUACCUUUAUGCUUUGAGGAUGAACUGAAAAAUCCAAAUGCCAAGAUAAUCAUUAGUCCCACAAAGAGAGAACCUUUCCACACGGAACAAAGUGAAACAAAUCCUAUCAUUUUUCAUGACACAAGAAAUAUACAGAUGUCACUUUUGACCAAAAAUAGACUUUCUCCCUACCCUUUGGACAAUGAAGAAGACUUUUUUUUACGUAAAAGAACAAAUUUUGUUUUAGAGAGAAAUUGUGACAUUCUCAAAUCUUUAGUUAGUGGGCAGUCUAUCACUCUUUGCAAGCCCCGCAAAACUACAGCUACAGCGUGGAAGAAAGAGAAAUGCUUCAUGCCUUUUGAAACAGGCAAUGGGGCCAUAAAGGAGAAAUUAAAGGAGAAAGCUAACUAUCAGAAAUUAGAAAACGGGUCUUGCAAGAAAUCCGCACAGACUUCUUCCAGCCUAGCCAAAAGAAUUGCAGAUUACCUGGAUAAAACCAUUCCUCAAGAAGUGAGUACUCACACUGACACAUGUGACCAAAUGUCCUCCCCACACAAACUCAGUACCUCACCUGUCAGAUGCUACUCAAAGUCUGUCAAAAAUACACUCAAAGUACACAAAUCAACUAAUGUAACACCACUGGAUGAUUUGUUAACCUUGCCAAGUGAAAAUUAA